UAUCUGUUGAGAGAUGUGAUAACAGCCAAGGAGCGCUGGGAUGCACUACCUGAAGCCAAGAGGGCCUCGUUCAGGGAAGAGAGGAGAACUAUCAAUGAAUUGAGAAAUUCGAAAUCCCGAUGUACGAAAAUUGGGUCAAGGAAAAAGCGGCGCUCCGGGUGCAAGAACUGAAAGAUACGAGAGAGAAAAGAAGAGACGCGAUUAUAAAGAAACUGGAAGAUCUCGGUUACCAGCACGAGAUUUCGCGGAUUGGUGUCGAUAUCUUUGAGGAACAUGAACUUGUUAAACGACCGGCUGAGUUGACGGAUCGGAGCUGGAGCAACAUACGUGGAGAAUUAGUUCAAUGGAUGGAAGAAACCAGGGCAAGCACCCGUGCUCACACUCUCGCCUACCGGCAGGCCCUCGCAGCAGGUUUUCUCGACUUAUUUGUACGUUCUUUGGGAUCGCAAGCAGACACCACGAAAUUUCCCUCUGUCCAAGAUUUUUUCGACUUUCCUGUGGUGAAGCAGAUCCUUGACUGUCCGAAUGAUUAUCCUGUGUCCAUCUACACCUUCCGCGAUAUCUUUCCUCGGAUGCCUCAGAUGUUACAACGAUGGUGCGACAACGUGAUAUUUCACAACCAGCUUCUCGGGAUCGUUGGCUACACGGGACCUAUAUUUUCGCUCGACCUCCGUCACAAGGCGCCUUCCUGACACUCGCGUGCAACGCCUUCCUGUGCUCACCUUGCCACGCCUUACCGGCUAGGAUCCUUCAUUAUCCCGAGGUGGUGACGCACGAAUGUAACACCGUACAC